AUAAAAACAAAAUUGAAUCUUAAAAUAUUGAAUCACCUGUUCAAAUUAAGUAGUAUAUGCUUUGCUUGUAGACCAAAAACGAUAUUGCAAGACUUUUAAUUAAGGUGAAGUAAUAUGAUGAAUUGGUUACUUCUAUUUCAAGGCAACAAAAGAGGAAAGGCGUUGACUAUUUGACCAUCUUCAAGUCCUAAAGAGGAAGUAACGAAUAUCUUAGCCCUUUACUCUUUUAGUGGGGAACAUCGGAGCCAUCAGACAAAUCAAAACCUUAGAACUCACGUAAAAAAAACACUCGAGAACAGAGAGAAAGAAGUUAAACAAUGGAGCUCGAAUUGGGAUUUAAGGUCACGAGAACGAGAGAGGAUGUAUCGUCUUCGGUUGAUUUCCGCUUCUCCAAAGACCCGUUUGGUCCUCUGGUUCUUUCUCGAGAAACCGAUUCAAGGUUCAUCAUCAUCAUUCACAUCAAAGGAUUCAAAAAGGAAGGAAUUGAAAUAGAUAUAAACAAAGAAGGGGAUCGGAUUACUAUAGAAGGGAGGAAGCCUGUGGAAGAAAUGGUUAUGAUUAGAUGGAUGGCGUGGAGGAAAGAAGUUGAAUUUAGGGUUUUUAAGAAAGUUUUUAGGAUUCCUGAUACUGUGGUUUUAGACGAGAUUAAAGCUAGGUUUGAUGAUGAUGAUGCCACUCUUACGAUCACUAUGCCGAAAAGAGUAAAGGGGAUUUCUGGAUUUAAUAUUGAGGAGGAAGAAGAAGAAAGAGUGGACAAGGGAGAAGUUGAAGAGCAGAGUACAGUAUGGGAAGAGUCUGAUGCACACUCUGAGAAAUUUGAGACAGAGAUUCAGAGAGAGGAAGGGUUUGGAGAAAACGAGAGCCAAGUUUUGGGAGAGGAACAAAAGGAAGAAGAUGAAACUGGGGAUGAUUACUUAGAGAAGAAUCACCAGAUUGAUGAACAAGACAAGAUUCUGGAACGUAUAGAAGACGAAAAACAAUUGGCUGAGAGUAAUGAGGACAGUAGCUUAAGAAAGCCUCCAGACAUUGAAGGACAUGAGCAGAGAAGACAUAACGAGCAAGAUAAAAAACAGAAACGGGUCGACGAAGCAGAGAGUAAUAGUGAUGAUUUUGGAUCCACAGCAUUUGAAGAGAUUGAAGAACAAGAACCUGAUCAUGAGCAGCUGGAUAGAACAAGUAAAAGUGGAGCAAAAGAAAAGAAAACGACUGACGGCGACGGUGAUGGCUUGAGCAAGGAUCAAGGGAUUAAAGAAGAGCCGGAGAGACGCAAUGACAAACGCAAGAUUAAAGAUAUCGUACAAGUAAAAGGAGAGGAGGAUAAGAAGAAAACUGUAAAGAAGGAGAUAAAAAGGGGAGACUCCAAAGUAAAAAGUGAUGCAAAAAUGGGCGAACUAUUCGCAUCAAACUUUGCAGAUACUGCGAUGAAUACUGAAGAUCUUGAAUCAGAUGAGGAGCUAGACAAGACAGAAAAGUUGGUUGAGAAGAAGUACAAGCAAGAGGAAAACGCUGAGGUUGGAGCACAAAGUGAAGACAUUAGCUUAACAAAUCCUACAGAUUUUGAAGGAAGAGAUUCUCAUGCGCAGACAAGACAUGAGGAACAAGAAAAUAGCCAACACUCUGAGACUGAGAUUCUGAGAGAAGAAGAAUUUGGAGAAAGAGAGAGUCAAGUUUUGGGAGAGGAACAAAAGGAUAUAGAAGAAACUGAUGAUGAUAAUUUGGACAAGAUUAACCAGAUUGAGGAACAAGAAGAAGAAAAAAUCGUUGCUGAUUCAAAUAAAGAGAAUGAGGACAGUAGCUUGAGAAAGCUCCCAGAUAUUCAAGAACGAGAAUCUCAUGAACAGACAAGACAUGAGGAACAAGAACGAGUAGUGGAGCAGCAAGAUUCACAAGCAGAGACUAAUAGUAAUGAUUUUGGAUGCAGAGCUUUUGAAGAUCAGGUUGGAGAACAAAAACCUCAUGUAACUAAAAGUAGAGAAAUGGAAAAGGAAAAGAUUGACGAUGAUGAUGUUGGCUUGAGAAAGGUUCAAGAGAUUGAAGAACCAGAGAUACACAAUGAAGAAAGCAAGAAAUCGGAAGGGGAAACAAGUGGUGACGAGAGGAAUAAAACUGCAAAGAUGGACAUAAAAAAUAGGGAUGCAAAAGAAGAGGUUGAUGGGAAAAUGGGAGAAGGAUUCAGACCAAACAUUGAUAGAACACAAGUAGUUGCAGAAAAUGACAUUGGAGAAACUGAGACAAAAGCUGAUGAGUUUGAAUCUGAUAAACUAAAAGCAGAUGAGGUACACAAGAUACAUGAACUGGUUGAGAAGAAAGAAGAUGACGAGGAAAAUGCUAAUCUGAGAGGAAAGAGUAAAGACAUCAGCUUAAAGCUUCAAGAGAAUGAAGAACAACAGUCUAAGGGACAGAAGCGACAAGACAAACAAGAAAUGAUAAAAGAAUUGGUGGAAGAGAAAACACCAAAAGCAGAGCCAAAUACAGGGAAUGAUAUUCCAAAACCAGUCCAGGCGAAGACAAGUGAUAAAGGAAAGGAGGAGAAAAAAAGUAUAAAGAUGGAGAUAAAAACUGGGGAAGCCAAAGAAGAAGUUGAUGCAAAAAUGGGCGGAGGAUUUGCACCAAACAUUGCAGAAACUGCGACAAAAUUUGAGGAGUUUGAAUCUGAAAAACUAGAUUCAGAUGAGGUAGACAAGAUACAGAAACUGGUUGAGAAGACAGAGGAUGAAGAGGGAAAUCAUAAGGUUGGAACACAAAGUGAAGACAUCAGCUCAAGAAAGCUUCAAGAGAUUGGAGAACAACAAUUUCAGGGACCAAAGCGACAGAAAAAGCAAGAAAAGAUCAGAGAAUUGGUGGAAGAGCAAACUCUAGAGGCAAAGACUAAUAUUGGGAAUGAUAUUCCAAAACCAGUUCAAGAGAUUAAAGAAUUACAAAAGGUGGAAACGUUAGAGAAAACAGGUGAUGAAAGAAAAGCAAGAAAGGUGAAGAAGAAAAGUGUAAAGAUGGAGAUAAAUAAUGAGGAUGUCAAAGAAGAAGUUGAUGAAAAAAUGGGCCAAGGAUUCGAACCAAACGUUUCAGAAACUGACGAUGAUUUUGAAUCUAAUAAACUAGAAGCAGAUGAGGUAGACAAGAUACAUGCACUGUUUGAGAAGCAACAAGAUGAAGAGGAAAUUGCUGAGUGCGGAAGACAAACUGAAGACAUCAGCUUAAAAGAGCUUCAAGAGAUUGAAGAACAACAAUUUCAUGGACAAAAGCGACAGGAAAAACAAGAAAAGAUCAAAGAGUUGGUUGAAGAGAAAACUCUAGAGGAAGAGACAAAUAUUGGGAAUAUUAAUCCAAAACCAGUAGCAGAGAGAAGUGAGGGAAAACACAAGAUUCAAAACAAGUUCCAGGAUGACACAAAGAAUCAGCCAGAGGAAUACAAAGAGAAAUUUACGGAGACUAAUGAUCCUGGCACAAGAAAGGUUCAAGAGAUUAUUAGAAAACAAGAGUUGAAUGAACCAGCAAGAUCCGAGAAAGAAAGCAAAAUACGAGAGCUAGUGAAAAGCAAAACAAAUGAUGAAGGGAAAGAGAAGAAAAUUGCAGAAAAAGAAACAAAGGCAGAGACAUAUGUAGGGAAUGAUAUUUUGAAACCAGUUCAGGAGAUAAGUGAGGGAAAACACAAGAUCCCAGAGCUUUCUCAAGAGGAAACAAAGAAUCAGCCAGAAGAGUACUUAAAGAAAAUUAAGGAGACAGGAAAAAAGACUAAUGAUGCUGGCGCAAGAAAACUUCAAGAGAUAAAACAAGAGUUGAAUGAACCAGCAAGAUCUGAGAAAGAAAGCAAGACGCAAGAACUGGUGAAAAACAAAAGAAAUGAAAUUGCAGAAACAGAAACAAGAGAGCAAGAUUCAAAUAGACCAAAAAUAAUCAGGGAACAAGAAAAGAUCCAAGAACUGGCUGAAGAGAAGACUAAUUUUUCAAAAAAUGGGAAAGCCAAGGAUAAAGACGAAAUUGCAGAGAAGAAAACAGAAUUUUGUGUUGAUGAUGAUGAUAUUUCAAGCAAAUUUCGAGAUGUUGAACAACAAGAUUCAGAUGCAAUGAAGGGGCAAGAAGAAAAAGACAUGAUUCAAGAAUUAGCACUGGAAGAAAAAGUGAGUGAUGGAGGCAAAGGAAUCGUUGCAGUGUUGGAUACAAAAGUUGAGAAUAAUAAGUCUAAAAAAGUUCAAGAGAUUGACGGACAACAAUUGCAUGAAGAAGAUAGGUAUGGAAAACAAUUCCAGAAACUCAUAGUAGGUGAAGUAAGUGGUCGCGGAGAAGUUGAUGAUAUUAAAAUAAUAGAAGAAGAGAAAGAAAUCAGGGAUAGCUCGAGAAAAGGCCAAGAGACUGCAAAAACAGAUUCAGAACUCCACAACAACAGAGAAGUUUGUCGAAGUGAAGAGAAGAAGUAUGACAGACCUGAAAAGAUAGAACAAGAAUUGGUUAACUUGAACAGCCAAUUGGAGCAAGACAAUGUUGAAGAUGGAGAAAAGACUCAAGAACCGGUGGAAGAGGAAAUCAAGGAUUGUAGAGAAGAAGAGGGCAGUGGAGAAUCAAAGACCAAAACCGAUGAUGAUGUUGUAAGAAAGGUUCAAGGUGUUAAAGAACAUGAGUCGUAUGGGCCGGAAAGGGAACAUGCAAGCAAGAUUCAAGAAUUGGUAGAAGAGAAAAUUGGUGAUCAUGAAGAAGAAGAAGACGAGAAAAAAAUCGCAGAGUCAGAGAUAGAAGCUGAAUGUGAUAGCUUGAGAAAGGUUGACGGUGGCAAAGCACAGGAGUUGCAUGAACCAAAGAUACACAAAGAACGUGAUAAGACCCGGAUAAAUGGGGCAGAGGAACCAAGUUGUCAAGAGGAUAAGAAUAUGGUAGAGCCUUUGACAAUAAGAGAGGAUGACAAUUUUGUAGAUGUUCCAGAGAUUAAUAAAGAACAACCUGACAAGCUAGAGAGGCAGGAGAAACCAUACAAAAUUCAAGAAGUGGUGGAAGCGAGACUCAAUGACCAUAAAGAAGAAGAACAAGAAGAAAAGGCAACGGCCAAGGCGGAACUGGAAACUGAAAGAGAGAGCUCAAAAAAGGUUGAAGAGACUGAGCAGCAGAAGAAAUAUCAUGGACCAAAGAUGCGAAAUUCAGAGGAAAAAAAGAAAAAUAUAGCAGUGGAGGAGAAGAGGACAAAAACUAAAGAUGGUAGCUUGAAAAAGGUUCGAGAUGAUGAAGAUCAAGAAUCGAGUAAACCUUAUAAGAGAGAAAUAGAUGACAAGACCCAUGAACUAGUGGAAAUGGGAACAAGUGAUUACAGAGAAAAAGCCAAGAAACAAGAUGAGAAUGAUAUCUUAAGAAGCCAAGAAGAUUUAGAUGAAUUUGAGAGACACGGUGAGCAAAGCAAUAUUCCUCAUUUGGUAGAAGAAGAAAAAGUGGAGAACAUUGCUGAGCUAGGGAGAGAAUCAUAUGAAGAUUGGACACAAGAGGAGCGAGAAAAGAGAAAAAAUUUGGUUAAAGAGGAAUCAGCUGAUCUUAAAGAUAAACACACUGGUGUAGAUGACCAUAUUGAUGAUAAACAAGAAAAGAUUAUUGUCAAUUCAGAACGUAAAACUGAGGAAGAUAGCUCAAAGAGGGUUCAAGAGACUGAAAAACAGGAUGAAGAUGAAUUGCAGAGAUCUAUGGCACAAGACAAAAUGCAAGAAACAGAGGAAAAAGACAAAACUAGAGCAAUGGAGAAGAAUGAGAUUGUGGAGAGAAGGGAAAAAACUAUAAAUGGAAGCUUGAGAAAGGUUCGAGAAGAUGAAGAAGAUCCGCAAUUGGGUAAACAGAAGAGACAUGGGGAAGAAGACAGGAUCCAUGAGUUAGUAGUGGAAGCGGAAUUAAAUGAUCACAGAGGAAAAGUCAAGAAAAAAGAUGGAGAUGAUGUCUUGAGAAGAAGCCAAGAGACUGUGAAAUUGGAUUUAGGUAAACGUGAGAGACAUUUUAAGCAAAGAAGGAUUCCUAAAUCAGUGGAAGAAGGAGAACAUGAAGAAGAAGAAAGAUAUCAGAAAGUUUCACAGGCUAAGACAAAAGUUGAACAUGAGAUCAACAAAAAGAUAGGGAAGAAUAAAGAUCCAGAACCGGAAAAACAGGAGCUAUACAAGUCGGAAGCAGUACUAAAAGAAGAAGUAGGUGAUCGCGAAAAAGAAGAAGAAAAUCUCGUGGAUGGUUCUGCGACAAAGAUUCAAGAAACUGAAAAGGAAGAGCUAGAGAUGUACAAGAAACAAGACAUGGUCCUAGAUUUUGUGGAAGACGUAACAGGGGAUCAGAAAGAUGAAAAGGCAGAGGAAGCUGCAGCUGUAGUGGCAAGCAAUGCGAACGGAAGUUCAAGAACGGUUAAAACGAUUGAAGAAGAAUCAGAAGAACACAUGGAAAAAGACAAGAUCCCUGAAAUAAGUGAUCCUAAAGUGAAAGAGACAAAAGAGGAGGUUCCCAAGUCAAGAUAUGUCCGAGAUACAAAAGAGCUAGAAGCACAUGUUCCGGAACUUGAAGGAAAAAUAGAGAAUUGCAAAGAUGAUGGACAAGGAAAGAGAGCAGAAAAGGGAAAACAAGGAAAGAUUGUUGAGUCACAGGAAAGGUUCAAGUCAAGAAGUGACGAUGGUAUUGUGAGAAAGAUUCAAGAGACCAAAGUGCAAGAAUCAAAUGAGAAGAAAAAUCAAGAACAAAAAGGAAAGGUUGAAGAAACAGUGAGGAGAGAAACGAGUAGUCAUGAGGUAGAGUUGGUGACUGAAGAUGAUAGUCUUAGAAAAGGUCAAGAGUUUUUGGAAAAGGAGUCACAUGUGUCAAAGAGUGGACCAGUGAAACAAGAAAAAAUCCAACAACUGAAGAAGGUGAAAUCCCAAGAUCACGUAAAUGAAGAUGAAGAACAAGAGUUAGAGACAAAAAUCAACAAUGUUAACUCAAGUGAGGAAGAGGAACAGACGAAGAUUAGGAAAACAAUGGGAGAGAAAUCAAAUGCUCCUGAGAAAGAAAAAGAAGCAAAUGAGAAAAUUGCAGAAGAGCGGAUGCAAGAUAAGACUGACAGCAGAACUAAGAACCAAGAGAUUAAAGGAGAAGAACCAUAUAAGUUUAUACGAAAUCUAGAGCAUGAUAAGAUCCCAGAAUAUCAUAGAGAAGAGAAAAAGGGAAUGGAACAGAGAGAAAUUGAGGAGAUGAAGAGAACAACUGAGGAAUGUAGCUCAAGAAAGGUUCAAAAAAUUAAAGCACAAGAGUCAUUUGAGUUAGAGAAACACCGGAAACUAAGUGAGAUCCAAGAAAGUAGCAAUACCCAAGAAUCAGUGGAAAAAGAAACACAGGAACAUAGAGAAGAAGAAAUGAAUGAAAGGAGAGGAUAUAAUGCAGUGCUCAAGGAAAAAUCUAUGGCUUCAAGUGAGUCUCAAGAUGUUGAAGAAAAAGGAUCAGAUCAGCCAAAGAGAUAUGCAGAACAAGAACUAAUGACUAAGAAGGAGAGAAAAGAAGAAAUUUUUGUAAGAGAGGGAGAGCAGAAGGAGAAGGCAAAGAGAAUAUCGCAGGUGGAUUCGAAAGCUAAUGAUGAUAGCUCAAUAAAAAAUCAUCAAGAUCUUGUUGAAAUAGAGGAGGGGAAUGUUGUUGGGAAAGCAGAGACAGUAGAUGAAUAUGCUAGUUCAAGGACGAUUCACGAACAGGAAGAAAGAAAUUCAGAUAAACUAGAAGGACAUGGGGAAGAAGAUAUGAGCAAAAAACUUGCAGAACAAGGAACAAGCGAUGAUAAGGAAUCAAAAGAAGGAAACAGAGCAGGGGAAGUAUGGGAAGAUGUGGAGACUAAAAUCAGGUCUGAUAGCUUUGGAAAGGUAAGACAGAUUGAAGAAGAAGAAACAGACAAGAAGCUAUCAGAUGUGGAAAAGUACAUACGUGGUAAAUCAAAAGAGACCAAGAAUCAAGAGACAAAGAGGAAAGAUGUUAGGUCCGGAAAUAAGACUCAAGCAAAUGAAAAACAAGAGUCUCAUGAACAAAAGAGAAAUGAGGAAGAGGUUAUUGAGAAACAAGAGACGAUAGAAGAACAUGAUAGCUCAAGGAAGAUUCAUGAACAUAACGAACAAAAGUCAGAUACAAUGAGCGAAAAUAUUGCAGAAGAGGAAACAAACGAUGAUAAAGAAGGAAACAGAGCAGGGGAAGUAUUGGGAGAAGUUUUGAAGAUAAGAGAGACUGAAAAACAAGAGCAAGACAAGAAGAAAUCCUUUGUGGACACAAGUGGUAAAGCAAAAGAGAACAAGAACCAAGAGACAAAGAGGACAGAUGAUGAUAGCUCAGGAAAUAAGACUCAAAAACAAGAGUCUCAUAAGAAAAAAAGCCAUCACGAUCAAGACAAGAAGAAUCCGGGACUGAUUGGGAAAGAAACAAACUGUUUCAGAAAUGAAGAUGAUGUUAAGGAAGAUAAAGAAAUUGCAGAAGCAGAGGUGUUAAGAAAGUUAAAGGAGAUUGAAAAACGAGAAUCAAGUAAAAUGGUGGAAGGACAUGAAAACGGAGAUGACAUCAAAGAAUUGGUUGAAGAGAAAAUGAACAACAAAGAAGAAGAAGAAGACAAGAAGAGCAUAGUUACGGAUGUCCUGGCAAAAGCUGAAGACGAUGAACUGAGGAAACAAGACAAGAGCAGGGAACAAAGACUAGGAGAUAACCUUAAAUAUGAAGAAACGUCAAAGACAGAAACAAAAAGAAAGGAUAAUGAACACGAGAGAAUUAAAGAGCAAGGAAGGAUCAAAGAAUUGGUAGAAGACAGGACACAUUCUUGCAGAGAAAAAGAGAGCAAAGAAACUGAAUUUGAAGACUCGAAAAAGAUUCAAGAGAGAGACAGAGAAGAAUCAACUGAACCAGGAAGAAAUGAGAAACAAGACAAGAUCCAAGAACCAGUGGAUAGGGAAACAAGUGAAGAUGACGAAGAAGAGUUAGAAAUUGAAUUUGAAGACGAAGAAGAAGACUGGGAAGCUGAAGUAAUUCAAGUAACGGAUUCAGAUGAAGAUAAUGAUAACAUUAGACAAAUAAAAAGAAUCAGAUUAGGAUUCCGGUUAGUAGGAGGUUCAACAUUGUUUAUGUCACUUAUAGUCAUAGUUAUUAGUUUCAUUCGUUCCAAGAGAAAAAUAAGAUGUUACAAGUUCUAACCAAAGCACACAAUACAGUAUCAUAUUUUUUAUUUAUUAAAUGGAAUCAAGAUCCAUACAACUUUCA